GUUGGUGUUGUUUUGCCAUUGCUGGUUGAUUUAAAAAACAGUGCUUUUAAUAUAAAAAUAACAAAUAUUUUCAGUGUUAGCCAAGCUUUCGUUGAAAUCAACAUGGGAAAAAUGAAGAUUUAUUACUGCGUAUUCUUCGUCUAUAUUUGCUUUUUAUCUUGCGUUACUGGAAAAACUUAUGGUACCUUUUCAUUUACUUCAGCUACAGCCACUACGGCUUCAGCUUGCGCUAUUUCUGCUGAAGGCCUAGUCGCGAAAAUUAGUUCAACUGAUUCUAUUGGGCAUACUACUGUUGCCGGGGAAAUUGCGGUCAUUGAGUCCAUCCUAAGGGAAAAAUGCGAACAAAAGCGAAGAUCGUCGACCAUCACCAGUCCGUCGACCACCGCCAAUCCAUCGACCAACGCCAAUCCGUCGACCACCGCCAAUCCGUCGACUGCAGCCAAUCCGUCGACCAUCGCCAGUCCGUCGACUGCAGCCAAUCCGUCGACCAAUGCCAAUCCGUCAACUGCAGCCAAUCCGUCGACCACCGCCAAUCCGUCGACCAUCGCCAGUCCGUCGACCACUGCCAAUCCGUGGACCCCCACCAAUCCGUCGACCACCGCCAAUCCGUCGACCACCGCCAAUCCGUCGACCACAACCAAUCCGUCGACCAUCGCCAAUCCGUCGACCAUCGCCAGUCCGUCGACCAUCGCCACUCCGUCGACCAUCGCCAAUCCGUCGACCAUCACCAAUCCAUCGACCACCACCAACCCGUCGACCGUCACCAGUCCGUCGACCAUCGACAAUCAGUCGACGGCCGCAUAUCCUUCGACCACCACCAAUCCGUCGACCCCCACCAAUCCGUCGAUCACAGCCAAUCCAUCGACCACCGCCAAUCCGUCGACCGCAACCAAUCCGUCGACCAUCGCCAGUCCGUCGACUGCAGCCAAUCCGUCGACCAACGCCAAUCCGUCGACCACCGCCAAUCCGUCGACCAUCGCCAGUCCGUCGACCACUGCCAAUCCGUGGACCCCCACCAAUCCGUCGACCACCGCCAAUCCGUCGACCACAACCAAUCCGUCGACCAUCGCCUAUCCGUCGACCAUCGCCAGUCCGUCGACCAACCACAGUCCAUCGACAGCAGCUAAUCUGUCGACCAUCGCCAGUCCGUUCCAUGACGCUGGUACCUUUUCAUUUACUACAGCUACAGCCACUACGGCUUCAGCUUGCGCUCUUUCUGCUGAAGUCCUAGUCGUGGAAAUUAGUUCAAUUCAUCCUAUUGGGCAUACUACUGUUUCCAGGGAAAUUGCGGUCAUUGAGUCCAUCCUAAGUGAAAAAUGCGUAAAAAAGCGAAGAUCUACUAAAAUUGCUACGGAGGCUUCAAUUUCUCCGGUAACUAAUGCAAAUCCGUCGACUAGGCCUACAUCCAAUCCACCGACUACAUUCAGUCCGUCGACCAUCGCCGAUCAGUCGACCACCGACAAUCCGUCGACCAUCAACAAUCCGUCGACCAUCGCCAGUCCGUCGACCAUCACCAGUCCGUCGACCACCACCAAUCCAUCGACCAUCGCCAACCCGUCGACCACCGCCAACCCGUCCACCAUCACCAGUCCGUCGACCAUCGACAAUCAGUCGACGGCCGCGCAUCCGUCGACCACCACCAAUCCGUCGACCCCCGCCAAUCCCUCAAUCACAGCCAAUCCAUCGACCACCGCCAAUCCGUCGAUUGCAGCCAAUCCGUCGACCAUCGCCAGUCCGUCGACCAUCGCCAGUCUGUCGACUUCAGCCAAUCCGUUGACCACUGCCAAUCCGUCGACCACUGCCAAUUCUUCAACUGCAGCCAUCACCGCCAAUCCGUUGACCAUCGCCAGUCCGUCGAACACUGCCAAUCCGUCGACCCCCACCAAUCCGUCGACCACCGCCAAUCCGUCGACCACAACCAAUCCGUCGACCAUCGCCAAUCCGUCGACCAUCGCCAGUCCGUCGACCACUGCCAAUCCGUCGACCACCGCCAAUCCGUCAACCACCGCAAAUCCAUCGACCACCGCCAAUCCGUCGACCACUGCCGAUCUGUCGGCUGCAGCCAAUCCGUCGACCACUGCCGAUCUGUCGGCUGCAGCCAAUCCGUCGACCAUCGCCAAUCCGUCGACUACCGCCAAUCUGUCGAUUACCGCCGAUCCGACAACUACAGCUACUCCUGCUAGUGGGCUUACAACUAUUGUUGUAGGACCGAAAGUAAGUAGUACUUAG